GAGCAGUAGCACAGCAUGAAUUUUGAACAUCCACCUCAUGCAACUUUACAGUACUGUCCUGAGCACUACUUUCAGCGGUUGAUGAACCAGUCAUCAGGGAUCUACCGUUCUGCAAUGACACAGUCCCCGCACACAAGUCAGGUUUUUAACCAGCUACUGGGAAUGCUGGACCAAACCUCCUUUCACUCGGUUCAGCCGAUCGAGCUGGACUUCAGUGAGACUCCUGAGAGUAACUAUCCCGGGAACAUGAUCCAGAUCAGCAUGGACUGCAUCACCAUGCAGGACCGGGAGGAGGCAGACCCCCUGUGGUCGCAGUACACAAACCUGGGGCUCCUAAACAGCAUGGACCAGCAGAUGCAGAACGGGGGCUCCUCCUCUACCAGCCCUUACAACAACGAGCACGCCCAGAACAAUGUGACGGCCCCCUCUCCCUACGCCCAGCCCAGCUCCACCUUCGACACACUGUCCCCGUCGCCAGCCAUCCCCUCCAACACAGACUACCCCGGGCCACACACCUUCGACGUCUCCUUCCAGCAGUCUAGCACUGCCAAGUCUGCCACCUGGACGUACUCAACAGAUCUGAAGAAACUGUACUGUCAGAUUGCCAAGACCUGCCCGAUUCAGAUCAAGAUGAUGACCCCCCCUCCUCAGGGCGCGGUGAUCCGGGCGAUGCCAGUGUACAAGAAGGCGGAGCACGUCACAGAGGUGGUGAAGCGCUGUCCCAACCACGAGCUGAGCCGCGAGUUCAACGAUGGUGAGGCGCCGCUCACUGUCCAGCGCACUCAUAAAAACACCAAUACUAAAAUGACAGGUCAGGUGGCGCCGCCCAGUCACCUGAUCAGAGUGGAAGGGAAUAACCACUCCCAGUAUGUGGAGGACCCAAUCACUGGCCGGCAGAGCGUUCUGGUGCCCUAUGAAGCCCCCCAGGUGGGCACUGAGUUUACCACCAUCCUUUACAACUUCAUGUGCAACAGCAGCUGUGUCGGGGGAAUGAACCGGCGCCCCAUUCUCAUCAUUGUUACGCUGGAGACCAGAGAUGGUCAGGUUCUGGGUCGCCGCUGUUUCGAGGCCCGAAUCUGUGCCUGCCCAGGCCGAGACCGCAAGGCAGACGAGGACAGCAUCCGAAAACAGCAGGUCACAGACGGAACAAAAAACGGUGAUGCUUUCCGUCCGACGUCCCACGGCAUACAGAUGACGUCGAUUAAGAAGAGAAGAAACACAGAUGAUGAAUUCUUUUGUCUAUCUAUAAAAGGCCGUGAAACUUAUGAGAUUUUGGUGAAAAUUAAAGAGUCUUUGGAGCUCAUGCAGUUUUUGCCACAGCACACAAUCGAAACAUACAGGCAGCAGCAGCAGCAGCACCUGCUCCAGAAACAAUUCGGUGUCUUCGACGACGAGAGUAACGGCAUGUAUGCUUUUCCGUGCCCCAGGACCUCCAUGCAAUCACCGUCCUCCUACAGCUCCAGCUCACCACCACUCAACAAAAUGCCCAUCAUGAACAAACUGCCCUCUGUCAGUCAGCUCAUCAACCCCCAGCAGCGCAACGCGCUCACCCCCUCCGGCAUGUCCGGGGGCCUAUCCGACAUGGCUCCGAUGAUGGGCUCACACAUCCCCAUGGGCAGUGAUAUGAGUUCACUCAGCCCCACACAGGCUGUACAGUCCCAGCUGCCUAUGCAGCCGCUGUCGUCACACUGCAGCCCCCCGCCCCCCUACCCCAACGACAGCAGCAUUUCCAGUUUCCUGCUGAGGCUUGGCUGCUCAUCAUGUCUGGACUAUUUCACUACCCAGGGGCUCACCAGCAUUUACCAGAUCGAGCAUUACAACAUGGAGGACCUGUCCCACCUGAAGAUCCCGGAGCAGUUCCAGAAUGCCAUCUGGAAGGGGCUCUCGGAUUACCGGCAUAGCCUGGAAUACUCCCCCUCCCCCCCCCAGCACCUCAUGCGUUCCACCAGCGGGGCCUCCACCGUGAGCGUGGGCUCGUCCGAGGCGCGGGGUGAGCGGGUCAUCGACGCGGUCCGCUUCACCCUGCGGCAGACCAUCUCCUUCCCCCCGCGCGAUGACUGGAGCGACUUCUCGUUUGACAUGGACUCCCGCCGGAACAAACAGCAGCGCAUCAAGGAGGAGGGCGAGUGAGGUUCCCUCGCCGGACACGACUCUCCUGUGACGCUUUAGACCCACGACCACGGUGCGCACCGACUGGAAACGCAACCCGUCUUCAUUCUUCAAACUUUCAUUUUAUUUGACUUUUGAAAACUUUUUUGAAACAAAAAAAGCAAAGGGAUAAGAGAAUGUUGCACUUAAUUGUUUUUUUUUCUUCUCCGUAUGUCUUGGUCCUGGUUUAUUGCAGGUUGGGUGGGGGCGAGUGGUGGUUAUAAAUUCAAGUGCGUUUUUUUGUGACACAGCACUUGCAGUACAAAAAAAGUUUUUUUUUUUUUUUUUCCUUUUAGAUGGAAGCUUUGCAGUCUGCUCAGCUGUAGUGUUGUUUUAGGAUCAUCAUUAAUAUAUAUAUAUAUGUAUUAAAGAAAGGUUAGGCUCCUGCAAGCAGACCUUGUUGGUGCUGACGUUCUUAUUUGAUUUUAAAUGCACUCUGCUCCCUGUACUCUGGGGUUACUGACUGAUAAAUCCUUGCUUUUUGGGGUUCUGGAUGACCUUUUAAGAUCCCAAGUGUAAUUAAAUGGUAGCCAAAUGUUCUGCCACUGAUUUUGUACGUUUUCUUUUUUAUAUAUAUACACAUUCAAGAAAGACUGCCAAAAGAAAGUAUUAUGCCAUCUUUAAAGUUCAAUUACUUGAAUUACAUAACAUUGGUUUUCCGAUCCAUAAUUACAAGAUUAAGUAUUGUUUAGUAACAGCCUUGUAUUACCCAAUCCUGGCCCUAAUCUUCCAGCCCAGUAUUGCUUCACUGGGCUGUUACAGUAUUGGAUUGUGGAGCAGCCUGAACCAAUGUAGAGCUGAUGUCAUGUUGUACAGCUGUUUUCUUCUUUAAUAUGUAGUCGUGUCACAUUUCUGUAAUCUUCAAAGGUCACGCAGCAAGUGUUUUUUUUUUUUUUGUGAUUUAAAAAUGUAUAUAUGUUCGAGCCAUGUGUUUAAUGAAAACCAGGAUUUAUUCGUGUGUAUGCUGAAGGCAUAACAUUUUGAAAGGCCGACACAUAUCCAUCAUAUUAAAAAGAUAUAUUGAGGUUAUAUUUUCUUUUCAUAUGUGUUAUUACAUUGAUGGAAAUAACUCCUAUUGCAUAGCAUUUUGAUCCAUUCCUGCUUUUACUAUGAGUUUUUAAUAAGACAUCUGAGCUUGUUCCACUGUGGGCUAAUGUAGCUCGUACUAAAACCUGGAAUUGGUGAAACUGCUAUGCAAUAGGAGUCUUAUUUCCAUUCCAGGUUAAUACAGAUGUUGCCUCUAUUUUGUCCCUUGCAAUUCUCAGACUUGUGCAACAUAAACAGCAGAACAGUAAAGAAAUCUAUAAUGUAAUGCUGUAUAUACUGUACAUUUCUGUCUAGAAGACUACAUUCACAUUUGUAUUUGCAGCCCAGGAAUGUAUAACAACUUGAACAUCUCUACUGUAUGCUAAUGGCAAUGCACAGGGUUGUGAUUAAAUGACAGAACUUCACACAAGAUACUGUGAGAAUUUGAAGUAAAGUGUUCAUCCAUAACACUCGACCAGAACACAGGAAUCACAUUAGUAAACGCUGAAUUAUUCUUUAUUAUUAAAACUGUCUUCUGAGAGAGUAAAACUAAGAGGAACCAAGUCAAGCAGACAAGCUGUGAGUCUCGGCCAAUGUCAUUGUCAGUGUUAUUGAAGUAAGAUUCACUGGACUUACUGUACUUCAUGAUCGUUGAAGACUCUUCUACUGAAAUGUUUUGGUGCCUUUCAAAGCCGAGCAUGUAUUAUAUUUCUAACCCUGACACCCUUUCACUGUUUCACUGACUGACAUUGUUUUGGCCGUCUGGGAAUCGAUCAUUUCAGUUUGUAUUUGUGUAUUGUUUAGUGUCCUCAAUUUCAGAAACCAGGCAACAAGAGCUUCUUGAGCAGUGCCAUUCCUGACAGAAAUCCAUUACUGUUUGUAAAUAGUCACACGGUGAAAAGGCCAUGUUGUGGUAACGGGAAUAUUUCAAAAAACCUUUGGAUGUGUUCUUCAAAUACUGAAAUGCUUGUGCAAGAAUGCCAUUAACAAAGCUCGUUUCAACUGGGUUCUUGUAUUUUGUUCGUUGUAAAAUUUAUAUGUAUAUACGUUACAGUUAAGAUUUAAACUUACAAUUUUUUUUUAUAUUUGUAAUUUUGAUUAUAAAGAACGAGAAUCUGGAUUAAGAUUGUUACUCAAAUAAAAAAAAUAAAAUGAAAAAGUAGCAUUGCUGAGAGACUUGCCUCAUGUUUUUGUUUGUUUUAUUAUUAUGUGGAACCAGUAUACAAUGUACCUGUUAAACUAGUCAAGACUUCUAAAUCGCAUUGCGCAAAGGGUGGAACAGCAGAGUACGCAAUUAUGUUCACCGCAGUAGGAUUCCCUGGUGAAGAUUUACUGAGUUUAUUACCUGGGGGCAUUUUUGAACAAAGGUAAAUAGAUUUAUAGGGUGUAGUCCAGCCUUUCACUAGGCGUCAAGACAUUUAACAAUUAACAAGCACCUUUUAAAAUUGCUCCUUUUUAAACGUUCUGGAAGGCUGGGUAAGAGAACUAUCCUGUACAAUGUAUGUUAGGGUUGGCUGUGCCCCAGCUCCAGGCUGGCUCCAGAGCUGUCAAGACCCCCUGCGUCAGCUCCAGAGCUAACGAGACCCCCCACUCCAGAUCCAGAGGUGACAGACCCCCUGUGCCAGUUCCAGACUGGAGUGGAGUAGUAUAACUUUGUAUAUGGGAUUCAUUUCCUUUUUAAGAGUGCACACGUCUGUACUUCAAUUGUGGCUCUUACUGCACAAUUGCAGUGUUUCAUGCCACUGAAGAUUAUCAAACCCAACCCUAUUACACAGCAGGUAUAUGAGAGAAAUACCCAGGUUAAUGGUGAUUUAAAAUGCAAGCGUGACAAGGCUGACAUGGGACAGGGUUUCCUAUACCCCCAGAAUCUGAGACUCCAAUACUCCACGCACACUGCCUCAAUGAUGCAUGUGUCCCAAAAGAAAGCUUCUAAAAGGGUCCAAUCGCAUUUACACCAGGUUGCUGCUGUAUAUUGUUAACCAGACACAUUAAAAUCACCAAGAUACAAAACACAAUAAACAGAUGCAAGAAAAUAUUGCUUUAAUAGCUAAAAAAUGAAUCUAUAGUUGAACAAUAACUUAAUUAAAUAAUAAUUAUAAUAAUACAUAAGAAAGACCAUUCUUGAUAUACAACAGCAUUCUUAAAUUUACAACAAUUUUCAUUAAAAACUGACAUCUAAAAAGGUAAAAAAGAAAAAAAGACACCUUCAUUGCUUGCGGGAAGCUAAUCAUUUUCAACUACAGAAGUCCUGCCUUCAAAAUACAUUUGCAAAGAA